ACGGCGGGUCUAUUUUGAUGUUUUUAAAUGAAGCAUUACGAUGUGUUUACGUGGCUGCCAAUCCAAAAUAAAAAGAAGUUGUUACAUGAACAUACACGAUUUUGGUUACAAGUCUAAAGUACUUGUAAAACUGCUUUUUGUUCUCAUCUCCAUGUAAAGUUUAUUUAUUUUUUGAUUCAUGUAUUGAAAACGUUCGUGUGGUGAAACUAGUGUGUGUGAUGGAGUGUUCUCACCUUUCAUUCACUUUGAGAACAGAAUUGAUGUUAAACACUGUUUGUAAAGGUUUAAAACAACUGAUGAAUUGGUGUUGGUAGACCCUACCUCUGCAGUUAAAAAGCAGAUUUGGUCCCAGUUUUUCUUCUUGGUAGGACUACUGCAUGGACUUAUUCAUGAUGAACUGUGAGUUAUUGGCUACAUGCAGUGCGCUGGGUUAUCUGGAGGGAGACAUUUACCACAAAGAACAAGACUGCCUUGAGAGUGUGAAGGAUCUAAUUCGCUACCUGCGACAUGAGGAUGACACAAGGGACAUCAGACAGCAGCUGGGAGCAGGACAGAUUCUUCAAAAUGACCUCUUGCCUAUCAUCACCCAGUACACAGAGGACAAACCACUCUUUGAUGCCUGUAUCAGGCUCAUGGUGAACUUGACCCAGCCAGCGCUGCUCUGCUUUGGAAAAGUUCCAGACGACCCGGCGUUCCGACAUCACUUCCUGCAAGUGACAUCAUACCUUCAGGCAUAUAAAGAGGCGUUUGCAGAUGAGAAGGUUUUUACUGUGCUGAGUGAGACACUUUACAACCUUCUGCAACUGGGAUGGGAGGAAAGAGCUGAAGAACAUAAUUUACUGAUAGAGAGAAUAUUGCUGCUGGUUAGAAAUGUGCUGCACAUCCCCCCAGACCCCUACGAGGAAAAGAAUGUCGAUGAUGAUGCCAGUGUUCAUGAUAAACUGUUGUGGGCGCUUCACAUGAGUGGACUGGAUGAUCUGCUCAAGUUUCUGGCCUGUGCUCAGAGUGAACAGAAGUGGAGCUUCCACAUACUGGAGAUCAUCUCACUCAUGUUCAAAGAUCAGACUCCUGAGAUGUUGGUGAAUGCAGGACAAAUGCGUUCAGCAGAGGAAAAACAGAAAGACGCAGAUGAACUGGAGCUGCUGAGAAGAAAAGAGCUGGCAGCAAAACGCUGCCGUAAUCUGCAAAGAGGCAACAGACACUCUCGCUUCCGUGGCUCAUAUGUCAUUGAAGGACUGAAAUCCAUUGGUGAGAAAGAUGUGAUUUUUCAUCAAGGACUUCAUAAUUUUAUGAACUAUUCACAUGAUGUGGGAAAGGGUGUGAGACGUGUGCCCAAACGAAAACAGAUUGCUCGAGACUCAGAGAGGCAGCGGCGCUCUGCAUUAAACGUACGUCUCUUCCUGCGUGAGUUCUGCAUCGACUUUUUAGAGAACUGCUACAAUCGACUCAUGUACCUGGUAAAGGAGGAUCUCAUCCGUGAACGGGCCCAGCAGCAUGAUGAGACGUUUUACCUGUGGGCGUUAACCUUCUUCAUGACCUUUAACCGUGGUCAGAACUACAGACCGGACCUUGUAUCUGAGACCAUGUCCAUCCGCACCUUUCAUUUCAUUGAGAGGAACAUCACUAACUAUUAUGAGAUGAUCCUCACAGACCGCAAAUGUGCCACAUCUUGGUAUCGCAGGAUGCACUUUGCUCUGAAGGCAUAUCAAGAGCUGCUAAUGACAGUAAAUGAGAUGGACCGCUCAAAAUAUGACAACAUCCGGCACAGUGCCAGUGUCAUAAAGAGCAAUAUCUUCUAUCUGAUGGAGUUCAGAGAGAUUUUUCUGACUCUCUUACGUAAGUUUGAUGAACAGACACAGCCAAGGUCAUUUCUCAAAGAUCUGGUGGAGUCCACACAUCUGUUUCUGAGAAUGCUGGAGAGAUUCAGUAAGGGACGAAACAAUCUGGUUGUGCAGAAAAAGACAGUUAAACAAAGAAAACGAAGUCAGAAGACCCUUCAGCCUGAGGCAACUACUGAAGACCUGGAACAGACAUGGCUGAUAGUGUCUGAAGAACUCAGAGCAUCUGGCUUUCAGUUAUCAGAGGUUCUGUCAGAAGACUCUGUACCUUUUGAUGCUGCGGCCGACACUCCAGUACAUGAGCAGAGGACUGAAGCUUUGAUCAGAAUUCAAGACUGUGUGAUGUCACGCUCUGGACCUGAAGCACUGAGUUUGCUACGUGCUGCGCGGUCGGUGUGGCCCGAAGGAGACACCUUUGGAUCUGUGGAAGUGGGACCUGAGGAGGAACUAACUCUUUUGAAACGGAUACUAUUCACUAAUCUCCCACGUCCUGUUGAUUCUGCUCUGGAGGAUGAUGGGAUUGAUUUGGAGGAGGAGGAGGAUGAACUGGAGUCUGUCACAGUUUCCGAGUCAGAGUUCAACUUCUUGGACUUCAGUAAAAGGUUUGCCAACCCAAAUGUUGUGCGUCCAUACUUCAUCCUGCUGCGCUCGUACUCUCAGAAUUCUGCUCAUACCAACCACUGCAUCAUCCGAAUGCUGCACAGACUGGCUGUGGAUCUGAAAAUGGAGGCUUUAUUCUAUCAGCUGUCUGUCUUCUGUGUCUUUAAUAAGAUUCUUGAAGACCCAGCAGCAGAGGUCUAUCAGGAGCUGGUUACUUUUGCAAAGUUUGUUCUCAAGCGAUUUUUCAUAUUUGCUGCGAAAAACAGCAAAGCGUUUGUGGAAAUGCUUUUUUGGAAGAAUGUGGGUGUUGUGAGAGAGAUUACAGAAGGCUAUAGUAAAGAUGGUGAGGGUUCCAAGAAAAAAGUCAAGUGGACAACAGAGGAAGAUCAAGAACUUAGGGAUCUGUAUGAGAAGUACAAUGACUCCGGAGUGCCAGAUAUCGUCGAGACACUGAUACCGUUGCUGAGCAGCACCCGCACACGGCGAGAGGUGGUUUCUCAGAUAGUGGUGUUAGGCUUGGUUGACAGUGUCAAGGAUUUGAAGAAGGAGAGGAAAGGAACAUGUAUCGUGCUCUGGACUGAAGAACAGGAACAGGAACUCCAGACACUCUUUGAGGAGUACAGAGACUCUGAUGAUGUGUUGGGGAACAUUUUAAAGCACAUUACAGCCAAACGUUCAAGGGCUCGUGUAGUAGACAAGAUCCUUAGUAUGGGUCUUGUGUCCGACCGAAGGGACCUUUUCAAGAAAAGAAAACGCAAUGCUCCGGGGAAGAGUACAGGAAUGACGGAGGAAGAUUUCUUUGGCCUGACAGGAGAGUCUCAGGACUUGGAUCUGGAUCAAGUUGAGGAAGAGGAUAAUUCUGUAGAAGAACUGGACAGUGAGGAACCUAUUGGUGUCUCAUUUAGUAAAGAACAGAAGAGCAGAUCUGAAGGCAUUCUGGAGAGAAAUCUAAAUCUGAGAAACAUAGCUCAGGCCUUACGACAACAAGGUCUGUCAGGCCCUGUCCUGUGGCUACAGAAUUCACUUAACAGAACUGCUGAUGACCGUGAGGAGGAUGGUGUUUCUCAUCCUUUGCCACUUGUUCCUCUUACUGAGGAGAAUGAGGAUGCCAUGGAGAAUAGGGCUUUCCAAAAACUGCUGCGCAAAGUUGGGAUCCGAGCACCAGCAGAUGGUCAGGAGUCUUUCUGGCGGAUUCCAGCCAGUUUAAGUGUUUUUCAUCUGAGGUCUUUAGCAGUGUCUCUUGACCCGUUUGAAGAGACUUCAGCUGAUGGGCAUACGGAUGCUGAAGGCACAAACUCUUUGGCAGCAGAAAUCGAGGACAACAUGGAUAAUAAGGAUCUAAGAGCUCAAGCGCUGAGAGCUCUGCUGCUGUCACGAAAUAGAAAAAAAUCUUCUGCACCAUCUGAAGAUUGGACAUCAUGUGAGGGCAGUGUUGAAACUGAGGAACAUGAUGACCGUUUAAGGGUAAUGAGCUUAAAGAAGAGAAGCAGAGUGUUGGACAGUGAUGAUGAUGAUGAUGAUAAGAAAGAUGAGGACUCCGUAUCCAAGAUGAACUCUGAAAGUGACGUGGAGUCGGACAGCAAGACACAUGCUGCCCCAGCCAAGCGCAGAUAUAGAAGAGUGUCAAGUGAUUACUAGAUAUGUUUAACACACAAAUUUUUUUUUUUUUUUUGUAUGGAUUCUGUAAUGCAACAUUUUAAACUACUGUAUUGACUUCCUGUAUGAUGUAGGCAAGGGUAUCGUUGUGCUAGUUUUCUGGGUUUCAUAUGGUUGGAUGUGCUUUAUUUCAGUUAGUGUUUUGAAAAUACCAAUAUCGUCGUUCUCUUAAUCAUUUUACAUUUAGGAUCAACAAACAAAAUAUUUGUUCCACUUUAUUUGUUAUUAUUAAUGGUAAUACUUCUUACAUGACUCAGUCCUACACAAAAACAUCUUGUUAUUGAUUUGAACUUUAAAGUUUUUUGUUAAUACAAAAUUACUACAUUCUAGUAAUAAAGAAAAAGUAUUCAAAUAUUGUGAA